UACACAUUACAAACAAAAAUGGGUUCUUCUUCUUCUAAGCUCUGGCUGAUUGUCCUGCUUUUGGCCUUGACCAUGAUAGCUGAGGCAGCAACAUCAAUGACCACUGAUGAUGCAUGGGUUCUAUCUUAUGUGGGUGGCAAGGUUGAGGAUGAAACUGAGAUGCUGAUGGACUCUGAGAUCAAUCGUCGUACUCUUGGAGAAAGAGGAGGGAAAUACAUAAGCUAUGCUGCACUCAGGGCCAAUAAUGUUCCAUGUAAUCGUCGCGGCCAAUCUUAUUACAACUGCAGACGUAGGACGAGGGCUAAUCCUUACAGACGCGGUUGUAGCGCCAUCACCCGUUGCAAACGAUACACCAAGUAGUAUUGAGAACAAAAAAAAAAAGAGCUGUAUUUGCUACUUUUCUUUGUCUAAUCGAUCAUCUUCUUCCCAAAUUUUGUUGGGGAUGGAGAUCUAUAUGUUACAAUUGUUAUUUUUAUUUAUGUAAACUGGACUGAACUGAUGAUGUCUACUUUGUUUGCUUGUAUCUCUCUAUCUAUGGA